AUGUUCACUGAUCGGCAACAGGGCAGCUGCUUUCACAAGGCCGGCGCACAAAGCUGGAUCCAACAGCAGGACAUUUUCAUGACUGACUACAUCGUCAAAGACAUAGGGCUCGCAGACUGGGGCCGCACAGAGAUCGAAAUCGCCGAACACGAAAUGCCGGGCCUGAUGGCAUGCCGUGCGGAAUUUGGCGAAACCAAGCCGCUGAAGGGCGCACGCAUUGCCGGCUCUCUGCAUAUGACCAUCCAGACAGCAGUGCUGAUCGAGACGCUGGUUGCUCUGGGCGCCGAAGUCCGUUGGGCGUCCUGUAACAUCUAUUCCACUCAGGAUCAGGCAGCAGCUGCGAUCGCAGCGGCUGGUGUUCCGGUUUUCGCUAUCAAGGGCGAGACACUGGAAGAAUAUUGGGAUUAUGCCGACAAGAUCUUCGAUUUCCCCGAUGGCGCCAACAUGAUCCUGGAUGAUGGCGGCGAUGCAACGCUUUACAUCCUGAUGGGUGCACGCGUUGAAGCUGGUGAAACCGGCCUCAUCGAGAACCCGACUUCGGAGGAGGAAGAGUGCCUCUUCGCUCAGAUCAAGAAGCGCAUGGCCUCUAAUCCUGGCUGGUUCACAAAGCAGAAAGAGCUGAUCCAGGGUGUUUCGGAAGAAACCACCACCGGUGUCCUUCGUCUUUACGAAAUGCAGAAGAAGGGCGCGCUGCCGUUCCCGGCGAUCAAUGUCAACGACAGUGUCACCAAGUCGAAGUUCGACAACCGUUACGGUUGCCGUGAAUCUCUCGUCGAUGGAAUUCGGCGCGGCACCGAUGUGAUGAUGUCCGGCAAGGUUGCCGUUGUUUGCGGUUAUGGCGAUGUCGGCAAGGGCUCCGCUCAGUCUCUGGCAGGCGCCGGCGCCCGGGUCAUCGUUACUGAAAUCGACCCGAUCUGCGCGCUGCAGGCUUCCAUGGACGGCUUUGAGGUCAAGACCAUGGAACAGGCACUGCCGGAAGGCGACAUCUACGUCACCGCGACAGGCAACAAGGACAUUAUCACCUUCGACCACAUGCGUGGCAUGAAGGACAUGGCCAUCGUCUGCAACAUUGGCCACUUCGACAAUGAAAUUCAGGUUGCCGCUCUGAAGAACACCAAGUGCCGCCCGGUCAAGGACCAGGUCGACAUGUACGAAUUUCCGGACGGCAAGCGCAUGAUCCUCUUGUCACAGGGCCGCCUGGUAAACCUCGGCAAUGCGACCGGUCAUCCGAGCUUCGUGAUGUCCGCAAGUUUCACCAACCAGGUUCUGGCGCAGAUCGAGCUCUACUCCAAAGGCGAUCAGUACAAGAACGAAGUGUAUGUUCUGCCGAAGCACCUGGAUGAAAAGGUUGCCCGUCUGCACCUUGAAAAACUGGGUGUCACGUUAACCGAAUUGACGGACAAUCAAUCUGAUUAUCUGGGGAUUAAUAAGGCUGGUCCGUUCAAGGCAGAGCACUACAAAUACUGA